CACAAUACGUCGCGAAAUCCAACUGAACAAUGUGCGAAGCGAUAAAGUGUAAAACAAAAACAAAAAAAAACAACAGUAAAACAUUUUGUGUGACCGUGAAUUCAAAUCAGCGUGGAACCAAGGUGCGAUAAACAUUUAAUUUCGACAACAAACGAGCUUGAACCAAGCAGUGAUUGAACGAGAACCAGGGCGCAAUAAACGAGACGAAACGCAAUUUCGGGAACAGAUGAACCAACCAACCAACGGGCAACAGCAGCAAUCGAGAGCAGCAAUAUGUGGGAUACGAAUCGCAUACCGCGAGAGGUCUCAAAAACAGAUAAGUACAAAAAGUUAGUUAACUAAGUGAUGACUUUCGAUAAAUUAGUCAAAAAUCUUGAUCAGUUAACACGAAUAGAACAGAAUCUUAGGAAAUCUAUUAAUAAAAGUAAAACAGUAGAUACAUUACAGACAAAUUUAGAAAAAGCUUUUUGGUUGUUUAAUGAGAUAGAAACCGAAUUAAUAGAAAACCAAGAUAAAAUCCCUGAUAAGCAAUUUUUCAUUUAUAUAAAAAAAGCAAGAACUUCCAUUGACUAUAUUAAACAAGUAACACAUAGCAAAAUAGUAAUUCAACCGAAACCAAUUAUAAACCCAAUUUCCGAAAUCAUGCCUUUCGACGCGAGACUUGCCUCGUCAAUCUUAUUGCCAUUCGACGGUGAUUGUGAGAAGCUGUCUGCUUUCAAAGACAGUGUAAAUUUUUUAAAAACAACUCAAGCUGCCGACCUCCCAACGUUAAAGUUAUUCAUAUCUACGAGAAUAUCUGGAAAAGCGCGAGAUGCAUUGCCGAACGAUAUUACUGGGAAAUCAAUUGAAGAAAUUGUUGACUUAAUUAGCCAGCACUGUGAAAGCAAGGUAACUUCAGACCAAGUGCUCGCUAAACUGAAAGGUGUUAAAAAGGGUUCUCCAAAACAACAAUUUUGCGAACAAAUUGAAUCACUUUGCAAUCAGUUGACUAGAACAUAUGUCAAAGAGGGCAUCCCACAGGCGACCGCAAAGAAAAUAGCCACAAAAUCAGGUAUCGAGGCGCUGGUAAAAACUGUUCCAACUGAAAAUGCGAAAAUUGUACUCCAAGCUGGCUCAUUCUCAAGUAUUGAGCAAGCCAUUCAGAAAUUUAAUGAAUUACCCGAUAACUCCGAGAACAAUGAACUUAACCGUAUCUUCAGCGUAAACGCGAACCAAACAAGAUAUCAAAAUAGAAAUCAACAUAGAGGUAAUGGAAGAUACGCCCCACGCGAUGCGGGAAAUAGCAAUUUUUACCCCCGUGGAACACCGUCUUACAAUCAGCGGUUUAACUUUAACAAUACCCCACCGCGUUUCCAAAGGCAAUUCUUCCCUAACGGUAAUUAUCGUGGAGGGCGACCAAACAGCCGUGGUCACCCACACCAGGGACAGCGCGUAAACAGAAUUUAUUUCGCUGACUCACAAACAGCCGCGUCAACACCGAGCAUGCAUAAUAACUUCACUCCGUACAUGCAAAACCCUAACCAACCGCACUGGAAUAUGACCCCUCAGGUACAUCAACCUACGACAGCUACGCCACCACAAAACGAAAAUUUUUUAGGAACGGUGGAUCAAUUUUCUCAAUUAAUGUAGCAGCUUCAAACUUUGUCAACCUUUCGAUAAGCACUUUCGAUAAACCCUGUUCGUUUUUAGUAGACUCUGGAGCAGAUGUUUCAUUGCUAAAACAAAAAUUUCUAAAGCAAUCGACCUCGGUGAACCCAAGAAAAAGUUGUAUAUUACGUGGGAUAACACCAGGAGAACUAAAGAGUAUUGGAACGGUCAACUGCUCAGUCUUAAUCCAAAAUAUAGCUUUCAAUACUACCUUUCACUUGACUGAUGAUGACUUCCCGAUACCAACGGAUGGUAUUCUGGGAAGAGAUUUUUUAACGGCAUAUAGAUGUGAAAUUAAUUAUGACACGUGGA